AUGAACUCGGCCCUUCCUCCCGACCCCUACAAACUGCUUGGGGUUACAAAAGAUGCAAAGCUACCCGAGAUCCGGAGCGCCCACCGGAAGCUGGUUCUCAAAUGCCAUCCAGAUAAGGUGCAGGACGCCACUCUGAAGGCCAUCAAGCAAGACGAGUUCCAGAAAGUUCAACAAGCCUACGAGCUACUCAGCGAUGAUAACAAGCGGUUACAGUACGACGAGCAGGUCAAGCUGUUCGAGUUGCGGAAAGAGAUGGGACGAGGCAAUCCGACGCCCAGAAGCAACCCGUUCGAGUACGAGGUCAAGACGGCAGAGCCCAGAUCGAACUCGUACGCCCGGCCCAGUCCGAAGGUGUACUCGUAUUCCAACGCCCCGAGAUCGAACGAAGAGCUCUAUAAUGAACCGAGACAUGUGCCUCGGAAAUCCGCGAGUAACGACUCGUCAUCGGAGCGGAGACGUACGGCCGCGAGGGAAGAGGAGAAGGAGAUGAGAUAUCGAGAGACAAGGGAAGGAUCCGCGCGGAAAGCGGAGGAGGAGAGGUUGAGGCAGAAGGAGAGGGACCGGGACGCCAAGAAGGCACAUGGCGAGAAGAAGAAAUCGAGAGAGAAAGACAGGAGAAGAGGCACAGACGACAAGCCGCGCUCCCGCCAACAAACCUACGUGGAGGAUGACUCUUCCGAGGAUGAGGCCUACCGUGCCGCGAGAGCGUCCGAGAAGAAGCAGAGGCUGAGAGCGGAAGAGGAGAUCCGGGCUCGCCAGGCCGAGGCCGCCGCUGCUCACGAAGCGCGUCGUGCGCAAGAGCAACGGAAGCCCAAGGAAGCCCCCAUGACCGAAAAGUGGAACGACCACAAGGAUUUUGCGGGGGCCUAUAUGCAAGCUGCCCGCCGAAAGGUUGUGGUGGAAGCAGAAUCCGUAGCUCAUCCCGGAAUGCGAAGAGCUGAGACGUUCGCCGCUUCCUCGUCGCCUUCCUACAGCGUUCGAUACGCGGCCCCCCCCCAACCACAGUUUGCCGAGGAGGAAAUGCCCAAGCGAUCAUCCGCCACCACGCGCAAGGAGUCCAUCCGGAGGUCCACGGAAACUCCAACGAAAUCAUCCAGCCGGAGGAGAUCCCCACCUGCAGCGCAGCCCCACGAUCCUAUUAUCGUCGAGCCACCCUCGCCCUCAUCUGCCCCGCGAAAACCUCCGCUUCAGUCGUACUCUUCAGCGCCCCCAAACCUCGUGCGACAAGUCCCUUUUCGGGCCAAGACGCAGCAGGACUAUGCCCGACCAGAGCCCUCCAUCCAUCCUCCUCCUCUUCCACGGCCGCAGCCGUUCCCGUCUGGCGAUCGUGGUAGGGACCGAGGCAGCGGUGCCAGCAAGCUGAGAAAGGACUACACCUCGGAUUCGGAACCUGAUUCUGCUCCAUACCACACGCAGCGGCCCCAUAGUCCCCAUCGUCGAUCUGGGGACAGUUCACGGGAGAAAACUCGUUACAUCGUUGAGAACGGUAACCUCUUCGCGGUGGCCCCUCGAUCCCACCGCUCCGAAAUGCGGAAUAUUGAUGCGGAAUAUGCUCAUGACCAAGGCGAAUCGCCUCGGGGUACCCCAGGCAAACGACCUCCUCUGUCCCGCAAUCCAGGUAGUAGCGAACGACCACGUGGAUCUAGUCGCGCAUACACAACUCAAAACUACACUUCCGUUCCUGAGGUACCAGAACCGGUGAUACUUACUACGGCACAUCGCCCCAAGAUGACCCGGGAAGGAGGCAGUAGCUACAGAGUUGGUUCGAGGGGUGCUCCUGUAGCCGCGUACGAAAAUAUUUCCUACGCGAAGACAUAUGCUCCCGAACACGUUAUCUACUCGCCUGCGGCGGGUAUUUAUGACGGUGCGCGGAGAGGCAACGACGGACGAGAAAGAGACUACUACUCACCAUUCCCGUUGAGCGACGCGGCGCCCUUGACGAAAUGUUCAAUUCUUGUACACGCUUACAACACGAAAACCCAUGAUACAGCCUGCAUGCUUGUUUGCGGUGAUGCAUCACGUCGGUCGUUUUUCGGUUCUGCAUUAGUCGUUCGUUCGCUCUUGUACUUUACAGUCCCCACUCCUUCUCUGCUGUCGAGGGAGGGGGGAGCCAGGGGUGGAGAUGUGGAGAUAUGGAGUUGUGGAGUUGCUCUCUUGAUAGUGAGUGAGCGUGGUGAGACGAGAGACGAGGGGAGAGAGGCGAACCGAGAGCAAUGGCGGAUGGGGUGGUACGAUGUGACGACGAGAUGA